CAAACCGGAUUCAAUACAAAAACUGACAAUUUGUUUAUUUCAAUUGUUUAUUAAACAAAACAGAAGUAUGUAGAAAAGUGAAAAUUGCUAAAAGAAUUAACGUGAAUGAGGUCCCAAUUCAGGUUGUCUGAGAGCGGUAGCACGAGUAGAACUCCGACUCGUAACCAACUCAAGGCUGUUCCUUCAUCCAAGAAUCAAAUCAACAUGGAGGGCUUAGUAGUGGAAGUAUGCGGCGAAAAUGGUGCUCUUUAUAAGGGCUACAUAAUGGACAUCUUCGACGAGGAAGUGUUAAUACAUUUUGAGGAUGAAUGGCAACCAGAUUCAAAAUUUCCGUAUUCUCAAGUACGGUUUCCCCCUAAACAACACGAAAAAGUUGAGUUUGCAGAAAACCAAGAGGUUGAAGUUUACUCACGUGCCAAUAACCAAGAAGCAAAUGGAUGGUGGAAGUGUAGGAUCAAGAUGAUGAAGGGCGAUUUUUUCGUGUUGGAGUACCUGGGCUGGGACACGACGUAUACAGAAAUUGUGAGCGUCGAUCGACUUCGUCCCAAGAACACCAACCCGCCCAUUGACCGAACUAUGUUUCACAAAUUUGAAAUUGAGGUUCCUGAAGAAAGUAGAGAAUAUGCUAAGAUAGAGAAUGCUCAUAAAGAAUUCCAACGGUCGAUUGGCGCGGGCGUGGUCCGUUAUGUGCCCGAACGAGGGGUACUGGUGGUGAUAUCGAGUUCGGACACAAGUCGCAAACGAGCAUCAAUGCUUCAAGACAUGCAUUUUCGCAGCUUGUCGCAAAAGGUACUCUUGCUUAAACGAACGGAGGAAGCCGCGAGGCAGUUGGAGAGCACCAAACUUGCAAACGUCGGAGGCAAAGGUAGGCCCUCUUAUCAUCGCGUUGGUAAUUACGAGGUCGGGCGGGGGGCAGGCUCCACCAGAUAUUCGGACGAAUUCAGUGUGCGGGAGGAUUUAAUGGGCUUAGCGAUAGGGGCCCAUGGGGCGAACAUACAACAAGCACGGAAGGUCGAGGGUAUAACGAACAUCGAGUUAGAAGAGAACUCAUGUACCUUUAAAAUCUACGGAGAGAGUGAUGAGGCUGUUAAGAAAGCACGUUCAAUGUUAGAAUAUAGUGAAGAAUCUCUGCAAGUGCCACGUACUUUAGUCGGUAAAGUUAUAGGAAAAAAUGGUAGGAUUAUUCAAGAAAUAGUGGAUAAAAGCGGAGUCGUUAGGGUGAAAAUUGAAGGAGAUAACGAACCUCAGCCGACCAUUCCUCGCGAAGAAGGACAAGUGCCCUUUGUUUUUGUAGGUACCGUCGAAAACAUAUCCAAUGCCAAAGUUCUAUUAGAAUACCAUCUAGCACACCUCAAGGAAGUAGAGCAGCUUCGCCAGGAGAAAUUGGAAAUCGACCAGCAGCUACGUAGUAUACACGGCUCGACGAUGGGUUCUAUGCAGAGUUUGCCAAUGUCACGUCGAAAUGAUCGCGGCUACAACUCGGACAUGGACAGUGGCAGCAGAGGACGUGGCGGUUCGAUGAGAGGCCGUGGUGGACGUGGCCGAGGUGGCGGAGGUCCAAACAGGAACAACGAUGGCCGCUACAACGCUGGUAGUUCAAGACAAAACACUCCUGACACCGUUGAUGAACGCAUAAGGGAUUUGCCUCCGAGACAAUACGGUCCUAGGGGCGGUAGAGGUGGCGGUGGCGGUCCCAGGCGUGAUGGUAGAAGAGACGACAGACGCAGAACUACCGACGAUGAAGAAACCGUACUCGACAGUCAAGAUGUCUCCAGUGUAGACAGAGAGUCAGUGUCCAGUGUGGAAGCUAUAGGUUGGUCGGGCAGCAGAUACCAGAAGAAGCGCAAGCGGAGGGCUAGGCAGCGCAGUCGCACCCCGGCCAACAGCAAUGCCAACGAAGAAGCCGGUGGCACCGGUGACCAGAACGUGACCGAGAACCCCGAAGUUCGUUCGACAGAAGGAGGCACCAUCGUACAGAAAGAAGAACUUCCCAGGAACGGUGGUGGUGGCGGCCGUGCCAACAAGCCACCCCCAUCGCGAAGAGUCGACUCGAACAAAGGUGCCGCUCCAAACGCCGCUACCAAUAACGCUCUCGUCAACGGAACAUCCGCAUAAAUACCAAGUCUGAAGAAGUGUUAUUGUGAUUUCGAGGACAUGCACGAAAAUAUGGUUGUUAAUUAUUGUUGCGUUGUGUGUGUAUUGAUGAUGACACUUGCCUGGAUAGUAGUCUACGCCCUUCAUGUACACGAGCUGGAUGACCGAAUGACCGUUGGGUUCUGUGAACCGAGAAAGUUCACUUAUUAAGUGAUAUUUUUAGUGCGAAGCUUACUACAUUACUACUACUACUAUUAGCCCCGGUGGAGUAGGAAUUGGCUAGGGAAAAGGUACCUACAAAAGAUGGACUCCCAAUAGUACGUAUAAGACAUUUUUUGCUUUAAAUUCGAAAUUGUUUUUGUUUUUUAUUUUAAAUAUUUCGCAUAUUAGUUGAUAGUAUAAUUGAUAUGAUAAUAAUAAUUUGGAAAGAACCCCCGUUUAGAAAUCGUACCNUU